GGCACGGGGGAAGGCCUCGGGCCCUUUCUAAUGGGUGGUGAGGGCCCAGGCCCUCCAGGGAGGCUGGCGGUCACCGAGGGGGCCGUGGUCUUAGGGAGCACCAGCGCCGAGGGGGCUGUGGGUGCUUCUGCAGCCCCUGGAAACGCCGAACCUGCGGCCCCUGGGCAGCUCCCGGGUCUCGCAUAGCAAACGCUGGUCUCUGCGUCCCACUCCUCCGCAGCAGGGAGCGAAUAGGUCUUUCUCUGGGCUCCUGCGGGGCAUCACCCCGGCUGCUGGUCUCUCCGAGUGCUUUCUCAGGAACUGCCAAGUUUUCCUGGUUCGUCACGCCUUGCCUUCCAUUGCUUAGCAUCCUUCACAUCAUGCCGUGUCACACCCUGCAUAUCUGGCGUGUCUCUAAGUGCAGUAAAGAUGAAUACCCUGGCUCCCUUUCACUGUACAGAAAUGGGAUAUUUCAGAGCGAUGGGCAACAAGAAAACAUAAUAAUAAAGCAGAACACCCUGAAGUUAAGAGAUUUUGGAUCUUGUAGGAGUAUCUAUUCUCAGCAGGCACACAGUACCUCCCUACACUGGUACUGAGCACCUGAAUGUUUGCUUACAAAAGGGCUCUGUAGUUACAAAAUUGGCAUGUGGAGUCCUGGCUGUUUCUAUGAAAUCACAAGUUUCCAGCCUCUCUUUCUUGGAUAUAAUGAGCUGGACCACAUCUCAAAAAUCCAUGAAGUGAUAGGCACUCCUGGUAACAAAACUCCCAAAGUUCAGGCAAAAGGAAAAGGAAAGUCUUCUCUUGUGCACAACUUGCCUUUUAAAGGUUUCCAUUUCCUCUGUGCAAUCAUAAAAUAUGAGCCCAGUGAGAGAACUGCUGCCCAUCAAACCUUACAGCACCCUUAUUUUCAAGAACUCUGGCAAGUGACUUCAAAUCACUCCAGUUUUGAAGACUAAAGUCAAAAGGUGGAUCUUACUCAGUUUGGCACAUACAGUACUUCAAGGAUAUUGAUUUCCUAACAAGUUCCUUGCUGUUAAACCUCUGGAGACAACUUACACUUCUCUGGCUAAUGGAUGAAUAGGCAAACUUGAGUUUUCCCACCU